GUUAGCGUGGCUUUUGAAUUAAAAGAAAAAAAUUCGUAACAUUUUAAACGCUUGUUAUGGAAGACGAUUUUCAAAUCGAAUUCAUGUCGCUGCCACUGGAAGAUUUGCAGGAACAUUAUGGAAAACUGUUUGAGCGCUAUCGCCAAAUGCGCGAUGAUGCUGAGGCAGACACCCAGCGUAUCUACGAUUUGAAGCGUAAUCUGGAAACUGCAUAUGCCGCCGAAACGUAUCUAUCGCAAGAAAUUGAAGAGUUGAUGCAAACGCUGGCAUCGAUCGAAAAGGAGAACAAAGGGCGAUCAAAGGCACAAAUUGAAUUGGAAGAUUUACGCCGGCAGCAUCACACAUUAACCGCAGACUAUACCACACUGCAGCAGGACUUUGCAGCGGUGCAGGCAGAAAAUGCUGAAUUGCGAAAACAAUUGGAAACUGCAAAAUCGGCAAAAAGGCUGAGUUCCUCUUCGCUGAUUGGCGCGGGUACGGAAGAGCUCACAAAGCAAAUAGCAACUUUGGAAGGCGAAAAUUUUGCUUUGAUGCAAAAGUUGGAAGAUUUUCAAGAGAAUAUUGUCAAGCAAACUAUGACUUUGGCGGAUCGAGAGAGUAACAUAGAGAUUUUACGCGACCAAGUGAACUGCUUGGAGGAGAAUUUGCGCUCAAAGCGUGAAGACUUGGAUGAAAAGUCUGGCUUACUGGAGAGCACGCAAGAACAGCUGGCGGACGCUAAUGCACGUUUAGCACUGCUAGAGACAAAACCAGAGGGAGUGGACCGCAAGGGUAACUCACUUUUUGCCGAGGUGGACGACCAACGGCAGGCCAUGAAAAAACUACUAGCUACACAAAAGAAAAGUUACAUGGACAUGAAGAAAAUUUUCCAUGAUAGUCAAUCGGAAAUUAGGCGCUUAAAGCGGGAAAAUAUUGCAAUGCAUACUGAGCUGAGGGAGUGUAGUACCAUAUUCUGUGCGGCUGAUCGUACAUAUCAAAAUAAGCUGAACGAACGCAUACGCCAGUUGCUCAAGCAAAUUGAGGAAUUAGAGAAGCAAUUGCAUGUGACACAGGAUCGGCUACGUGACUUAGCCGCUGAUAAAGGCGUUGCGUGGCUUGAUUCGAUGCUGAGUUUUUGCAAACAAGAAACUGAUGAUCUGAAGACACAACUUCAUGGCGUGCGGAUUCAGAAAGCAAGUUUGGAAGAGCAGCUACGCAACGUGCAACAGGAGAUGACACGAUGGCGCUUCGAAGCAUUGAAAACGCGUUGUGUACUGCUCGACAGAGAGAAUAUUUUAAAUGAGAAUGGCAUUAAAUUCAAGGCUAUCCAUGCCAUGGAGUUCAACAUCAGUCAGAAAGAACAGGAAAUCGCACGCCCACGUAUUGUACACGCCUCACCCGGAACACCGAAAGUCAUGACACCCACAGCCGCUACAACAACAACAGCACCCACAGACAGAAAACCUAGUUUUGUUGGUACUCCAUUGACAUCGACUCCAACUGAAGGCAAUGCAACGCUAAUCAACACACCACCGGGUAUUAUUUCGAAUGCGGUAAAACAGGAGUUUGAUGUUAAAAACCCAGUUGAAAAGACCCCGUUAUUUGAGAAAAUAAAGCUUGAAUGUAGAGAAAACAAUGAAAUGUCUCAAGAGCAGAAUGAUUCAAACAUAUCUUUGGCAGCUGGAAGUGUUACCAAAAAGUCACCUUUGCAAGAGCUUGCCAUAGAAAGCAAUUCCUUGGCAAAUGAAUUAAGAAUGCUACCGCCGACCCAUGACAAGAAGAUACCGCCUAGCCUGGAUGUGCAACCCGGCCGUUCGAUUCUGUCAAAGAAACGCGACGAUUUAGCUGCCAAAGAUAAUAGCGAAAAGAUUGUACAAUUCAGUGCUCAGGGUCCGACAGUUCACGACAUCAGUGCCAAUGUCAGCAUAGAUCAGGACCCUUCGUCGAAUGAUACCGUUAAUAAGGAAGUUAAGCAUAAGGUCUACAUAAAGCAGGUGCGCACAAAAUCUAAUAUUAUAGUGCGCCGUGUUAUAGUGCCAUCUAAUAAGCGUGAACCAACAUAAUUUUUUUUAACGUUUUAGUACAAUAAAACUUCUUUUUUUAAUUUAUUGCACACUUAUAUUUAACGUGUAAUCAACUCGAAAAAAAUGUAUGACGAGUUUUUGCAUAAGUCAAUUCAUAGGCCUUACCUUCAAUUAAUUAAUGGCGAUUUCGUUUCUACAAAAAAUGUUGCCUUCUCAACGCCCUCUUCUUAGUGUUUGUGCGUAAAAAGCAAAGA